UCGGGUUGGGCGGCGGCGGCGGCGGCGGCGGUGGCGGCGGUGGGGAACCCGGCCUGAGCCUCGGAGCGAGUGGCGUGACUCCGGCCGUGGUCACCAUGUCCGCGCCGUCCGAGGAGGAGGAGUACGCGCGGCUAGUGAUGGAGGCGCAGCCGGAGUGGCUGCGCGCGGAGGUGAAGCGGCUGUCGCACGAGCUGGCCGAGACCACGCGUGAGAAGAUACAGGCGGCCGAGUACGGGCUGGCAGUGCUCGAGGAGAAGCACCAACUCAAACUGCAGUUCGAGGAGCUCGAGGUGGACUACGAGGCCAUCCGCGGCGAGAUGGAGCAGCUCAAGGAGGCAUUUGGACAGGCCCACACGAACCAUAAGAAGGUGGCUGCAGACGGCGAGAGCCGGGAGGAGAGUCUGAUCCAGGAGUCAGCUUCCAAGGAGCAGUACUAUGUGCGCAAGGUGCUGGAGCUGCAGACAGAACUGAAGCAGCUGCGCAACGUGCUUGCCAACACGCAGUCAGAGAACGAGCGCCUGGCCUCAGUGGCCCAGGAGCUGAAGGAGAUCAACCAAAAUGUAGAGAUUCAGCGUGGCCGCCUGCGGGAUGACAUCAAGGAGUACAAGUUCCGGGAGGCCCGCCUGCUGCAGGACUACUCGGAGUUGGAGGAGGAGAACAUCAGUCUGCAAAAGCAGGUGUCUGUGCUCAGGCAGAACCAGGUGGAGUUUGAGGGUCUCAAGCAUGAGAUCAAGCGUCUGGAGGAGGAGACCGAAUAUCUCAACAGCCAGCUGGAGGACGCCAUUCGGCUCAAGGAGAUCUCGGAGCGGCAGCUGGAGGAGGCGCUGGAGACGCUGAAGACAGAGCGGGAGCAGAAGAACAGUCUGCGCAAGGAGCUGUCGCACUACAUGAGCAUCAAUGACUCCCUCUACACCAGCCACCUGCACGUCUCCCUGGACGGCCUUAAGCUCGGUGAUGAUGCCGAAGCCCUGGCCAAUGGCUUUGAGCACGGUGGCCUGGCCAAGCUGCCGCUGGACAACAAGACCUCCACGCCCACCAAGGACGGCCUUGCUCCACCUUCACCCAGCCUCGUUUCUGACCUCCUCAGUGAGCUCAACAUCUCUGAGAUCCAGAAGCUUAAGCAGCAGCUAAUGCAGAUGGAGCGGGAGAAGGUGGGCCUGCUGGCAACGCUGCAGGACACACAGAAGCAGCUGGAGCAGGCCCGAGGGGCCCUGUCGGAGCAGCACGAGGAGGUGAGCCGCCUCACAGAGAACCUGAGUGCUCUGCGGCGCCUGCAGGCCAGCAAGGAGCGGCGGACAGCCCUGGACAGUGAGAAGGAGCGAGACAGCCAUGAGGAUGGUGACUACUAUGAGGUGGACAUCAAUGGGCCUGAGAUCCUGGCCUGCAAGUACCGUGUGGCCCUGGCAGAGGCUGGUGAGCUUCGGGAGCAGCUGAAGGCGCUGCGCAGUGCACACGAGGCCAGCGAGGCCCAGCACACCGAGGAGAAGGGCCAGCAUGAGGCCGAAAGCCAGGCGCUCACUGAGAAGGUCUCCCUGUUGGAGAAGGCCAGCCGCCAGGACCGCGAGCUCCUGUCCCGGCUGCAGAUGGAGCUCAAGAAGGUGAGCGACGUCGCAGGCGAGACACAAGGCAGCCUGAGCGUGGCCCAGGACGAGCUGGUGACCUUCAGUGAGGAGCUGGCCAACCUCUACCACCACGUGUGCAUGUGCAACAACGAGACGCCCACCCGUGUGGUGCUGGACUACUACCGAGAGGGCCCGGCUGGCGCCGGCAGCUGCAGCCCUGAGACCCGUGGGCGUCGCUCACCUGUCCUGCCCAAGGGGCCGCCUGCCUCAGAGGGUAGGGCCAGGGACAGCAGCCCCUCACCUGGCUCCUCACUGCCCUCGCCCCUGAGUGACCCACGCCGGGAGCCCAUGAACAUCUACAACCUGAUCGCCAUUAUCCGUGACCAGAUCAGGCACCUGCAGGCAGCUGUGGACCGCACCACAGAGCUGUCGCGGCAGCGCCUGGCCUCACAGGAGCUGGGCCCAGCUGCGGACAAGGACCGGGAGGCACUCAUGGAGGAGAUCCUGAAGCUGAAGUCGCUGCUCAGCACCAAGCGGGAGCAGAUCACCACGCUGCGCACGGUGCUCAAGGCCAACAAGCAGACAGCAGAGGUGGCCCUCGCCAACCUAAAGAGCAAGUACGAGAACGAGAAGGCCAUGGUGACCGAGACCAUGAUGAAGCUGCGCAACGAGCUCAAGGCCCUCAAGGAGGACGCGGCCACCUUCUCCUCACUGCGUGCCAUGUUCGCCACCAGGUGUGACGAGUACAUCACACAGUUGGAUGAGAUGCAGCGGCAGCUGGCAGCUGCUGAGGACGAGAAGAAGACACUCAACUCGCUGCUGCGCAUGGCCAUCCAGCAGAAGCUGGCGCUGACCCAGCGGCUGGAGCUGCUUGAGCUGGACCAUGAGCAGACCCGGCGAAGCCGCGCCAAGGCCACCCCCAAGACCAAGCCUGGUACCCCGAGCCGUUGUGUGGUGCUUCGUUUUCUGAAGUUUCCUCCUAAUAGGAAGAAGACCUCAGAAGAAAUAUUUCAGCACCUACAGAACAUAGUGGACUUUGGCAAAAAUGUCAUGAAAGAGUUUUUGGGAGAGAACUAUGUUCAUUGUGGGGAAGUUGUUCAGCUGCCUUUAGAUUUUGUGAAACAGCUUUGUUUAAAGAUACAGUGUGAAAGACCAGAAUCUCGCUGUGACAAGGACCUGGACACUCUCAGUGGUUAUGCUCUGUGCCUUCCCAAUUUAGCCAGACUUCAGACCUACCAUUUUGCAGAGCACCGGCCGAUUCUGUGUGUAGAGAUCAAGCCAAAAUGUGGGUUUAUUCCUUUCUCCAGUGAUGUUACGCAUGAGAUGAAGCAUAAGGUGUGUCGUUACUGCAUGCACCAGCACCUCAAGGUAGCAACUGGGAAGUGGAAGCAGAUAAGUAAAUAUUGUCCCCUUGAUCUCUACUCAGGAAAUAAACAGAGAAUGUACUUUGCUUUGAAAAGCUUGUUACAGGAGGCACAGAACAACUUAAAGAUCUUUAAGAAUGGUGAGCUGAUUUAUGGUUGUAAAGAUGCCCGCAGCCCUGUGGCUGACUGGAGUGAACUUGCACACCACCUGAAGCCAUUCUUCUUCCCAUCCAAUGGCCUGGCCAGUGGGCCCCACUGCACAAGGGCCGUGAUCCGGGAGCUGGUGCGUGUCAUCACACGGGUGCUACUGAGUGGCUCGGACAAGGGCCGGGCGGGCGCCCUCAGGUCGGGGCCUGGGCUGCGGGGCCCACCCGUCUGUGAAGCCAGCCCUUUCAGCAGGAGCCUGCGCUGCCAAGGAAAAAACACCCCGGAGCGCUCAGGGUUACCGAAGGGCUGUCUUCUGUACAAAACCCUCCAGGUGCAGAUGUUGGACCUGCUGGACAUCGAAGGCCUCUACCCUCUGUACCGGCGGGUUGAGCGGUACCUGGAGGAGUUUCCUGAGGAGAGAAAAACAUUGCAAAUAGAUGGGCCUUAUGAUGAAGCAUUUUACCAGAGGCUGCUUGAUCUUUCCACUGAGGAUGAUGGCACAGUGGCUUUUGCACUGACAAAGGUUCAGCAGUACCGGGUCGCCAUGACUGCGAAAGACUGCUCCAUCAUGAUUGCACUCUCUCCUUGUCUGCAGGAUGCAAGCUCUGAUCAAAGGCCCAUUGUCCCUUCAUCGAGAUCCAGGUUUGCCUUCUCCGUGUCUGUGCUGGAUCUUGACCUCAAGCCCUAUGAGAGCAUUCCUCAUCAGUAUAAACUGGAUGGCAAGAUAGUCAACUACUAUUUAAAGACUGUACAUGCCAAAGACGCCACCGUGAUGUCAACUAGGUUCAAGGAAAGCGAAGAUUGCACAUUAGUUCUCCAUAAGGUCUAACUUUUUUCCUGUAGUGGUUUUGAAACUUGAACAUAGAAUGUGAAGGUUGAAUGACAGAGUUUCUGUUGUGUUGGGUGACUUUUGGCUGUGAAUGUUUUUGCUUUUCAACCCCUGUUCAGGUGGGACUGCCUCUGGGAGACACAGAAUGGAAGAGCACUAGAGACAUCUUCCAGGGCAAGGUUGGACGUGAGCCCAGCAGUGUGCUGUGUCCAGGAGGCCCCUCUGGGCAGUUCUCCCUUUCCACGCAGGGCUCACGUCUAAUCUCUAAAAAGCCUUAUAAGACCCAAGGUUUGGAUCUCCUACCACCAGAAUCCUAACACAGAAAACUUGAAUUGUCACAUAUACCUUAGAGUUUGGACUUUUAAGAAAACACAGAUACUACUGGAACUUUCCCAGCUGAGUUACUUGGUCACUUUUCCAAUGCAAGCCAUGUGUCAGCACAGGUUUAGUGGUUCCCUGCUGUGGAGAGCAAUAAGUUGUUGAUAUGGACAUCAGUUUUGAGCAGUGGACUCAGAGUCCCUGUGGAGAUGCCAUACCCACCACUCUGCACAGGGUCAGCAGGGAGCGUGGCACUCAGGGCAGGGGUUGACACCACUCAUGCGAGCACUGACUUUUUUUUUGUGCUGAAUGAUUUUAUCCUCUUUAACUUCAGGGGAGACAAGGUGUUCUUUCCCACCUGAAAUUGCUGCUGUGGGAGCUGGAAGCAGAGCUGCAACUCUGAGCUGCUGUGCCCAGCGUGGGUGUCAUGGGGUGGCUGUGCUCCUGCCAGCUCUGGGUUCCUGGCAUUUUUGGGUGUUUGGGAAACCUCAGCUACUUCUGCCAGAGCCAGCAUCGAGUUUUCCCUCCUUCCCCAUACCUGUUCCUCCCUUGGGUUUCACUAAGAUGUGUGGUGUUAGUGGCCUUGAGUGGUGCUGGACCACCUCCCCAUCGGGGCUGCCCAAAGCCCUGCUUCCGCAAGACUCCUGGCUGGCACUAUGAGGGUUCUUGUUGGGGUCACCAAAAGUGUGCCCAGCUGCUAUGAAAACUGUUGGGAAUCUUGGCUUCAGUUUUUUAUUCUAUGGUAGGUUGUAUAGAUUAUUUAUAUCAUCAUUUUGAGGGACUAAUGAAGGCUUAUUGUAAUAUAAUAUUAGUGAAACCAUGGGAUUGUAUGAAAAUACUACACAAAAAAUAAGAAUAUUUUGCUGAUUGUAAAUUUUUGUGGGGAAUUUUGUGAUAAAUUGAGAAUUAUGCUUAUUAGAAUCAAGCCAGCUCUUCCAGAAUUUAUUCUCCAAUUCUGUCCUAUCAUUUACUUCUUACUACCAUUUACCACUUACUACUUAAUUUUACACUCAGAGGUUCAAAAACAUAUUCAAAUGACACACAUUUCUCAUUCAUGUGGUGUGUUGGGGUACAGGGGCUUUGGAGAUUCCACUCAUAGGGAUGUGCAUGGAGCCGCGUUCUCAUGGGCAAGUUGCAGGCUCCAGAGUGUGUGGAAGUAGGCAGCUUCCAGAGUUGUUUUGGCCUGAGGUUCCUUGUUGCUGGCCUGGGGUGAGGAUGGUCUUGGCCAGGGUGUGCAGAGGACCCUGAGUGCCUGUGUGCAGAGCUCUGGAACGCCAGCUCCUCAAGGAGGUGGGCUGGGUAGCCUCCUGUUGCCUGUCCUGGCUGGUCUGGACUGUCUGAAAACCAUCACCCUCUACUUGGGAGGAAGAGGUGAUAGAUGAGUGUCCCCUGCUAGGGGGUCUUGACCCAACCCUUUGCUCUUCUCACACUCCACCACGGCCCCUGCUCUGAGGCUUUCAUUUGAUCGAAACAAUGUUUUCACCCAUUCUACUUUAAACUGGCAACUCAGGUCAGUGCAGCACUUAGACUCUGGGGGACUUUAAUGAAAACACUGUUUCUUCUGUGCAGAGGGACCAGGGGUGCUAAGGUCCUGUGUGAAGGGACAGUGCCGUAUUUGCUGUCUUACUGUGUUUUUUAUGCUAACCGCUCUACUUUUUUUGUGGAAGACCAAGAAGAGUGAAUGUCAGAGGACUUGCUGCUGAGAGGUGCUGCGAAAGCCUCCAAGUGCUGCUUUCCAGAGCCAGGAGGCGAGGAGGGUGGUGUGGCUCCCCAGAGGUUUCUGAGGGAUGUCUAAGAGAUGAGGCUGCAUUGGCAAGCCCUCCAAGAGUCCCUAGGUGGUGGGUGACAGGAGGAGGGCCGACCUUUGAGAUGGGCUGGGGCCACCUCUGCCCUCAUAUUCAUACCAUGGGGGGCGCACAGUGGCUCCCCACAUCCCAAGGUGGGCAGCCACUCCUGUACUUCCUCAGAUGUUGAGUUUACUUUUAAAAAUACACUAUAUGUGUCACUUAUUUGGUAUUUUGAAUUUAAAUAACUAUUUAUUUUUUAUGUCCUGACAACUUAUAUAUAAUGUGCCAUAACUGCAUAAACAUGUUCUAGAGGUAAGGUUUCUAAGUGGAAAAGAGCAAAUUUUUAUAUUCAAUAAAAUCACAUGCCUCCAGGUG